GUCCCGGCGUGUCAACGGCGCAAUCCCGUCCUUGUUCUUUAUUUCAACAACAACAACACUUUGUCGCCUAAUAACCUAGUGUUUUAACAUCCGGAUGUCCAACAUCCCCUGAUUCGGGUGGAAAAGACGAGAACCGUUCCAGGACACGAAGGAGUCCCUAUAACGAAUUACCAUACUUGGCCAUUCCUGUUUGUUUCGAAUUUAAUUUCCCACCCAACUUCCCUUCUUCUUCCUGCUAAAAGCUUCACUGCUGCCCAUCGACUUUACCUACAUAAGGACCGCCCCGAUUAUCAAGGUCACAAGGCAAGGUCCAAUAUCUGGGGCGUUUGCUGGUCAACACCAUCCUCACCAUUCACCAAUCGGAAUCAGCAUCAUCGUAUUACAGCUUCCAUUCAUCGAUCCUCGAGCAUCCUGCGACGACGCGCGUUCAAACCCGAUAUCAAGGACACUCAACGCCCCUGACCUUUUCCGUUCACUGUUCCUAAUAACUCAGAACCCUGAUGCUGGCAACCCGACUUUAGGUUUUGGGAUGCGAUCAUGACCGCCCAAUUGGUGGCAUCCGAGCUUGCCAACCUCAUCCAGGAAAGCAAGCGCAAAAACAAUGACUUGCGCCAGGCCGCUGAAAAGUCUCUGGAGGAGCUCAAGAGUCUAAAAGUGACAUCUGAAGCCCAAAUAUCUGCUGAACUCUCUCAACGAUCCAACUUUGUCAACCCAUUUAUCAUCGCUUGCGGCACCAAAAAUGUCAAGUUCACCGGAAUUGCCAUUGUUUGUCUUCAGCGGCUUAUUGCAUCACGCGCCCUGCCCAGGUUCAAGCUGAGCCAGGUUCUUGAAGCAUUGCAACAGGCCACGUCAGCAGGACUAGAUGUCCAACUAAAGAUCCUCCAAGCUCUUCCGUCUUUACUCUCCAAUUACGCCGCCGACGUGAAAGGCGAGCUUCUGGUUACUGCCCUCAACAUAUCCUUCAUCUUGCAGUCUAGUAAAAAUGCGAUUGUCAACAAUGCUUCGGCGGCAACCCUCCAGCAGCUUGUGGUCUCGGUCUUUGACAAAGUGGUAGCUGAAGACGGCGCUGGGGGCCAUGUCGAAUAUGUUGGGGAGGCUCCGUCCCAGCAAGGACCGGUACCAGUCCAGGCUGCGGCUAUGGAUGCAUACAGGGUAUUCAACGAUAUUUGCCUAUUGACAGAGAACCAACGACCCGAGUAUCUCCGCUUCUCUGGUAUGCCCCAGACAUUUGGUCUUGAACUCAUAGAGUCGGUCUUGACCAACCAUGCCGCCAUCUUCACCACUCACCCAGAGCAGGCCGACAUUUUGCGCACUCGGGUUAUGCCCUUCAUCAUUAGUGCUCUUCGCGGUAAACCGAACUUUGCAACCAGCGUCCGUCUUGUCCGCAUCUUGUUCACUUUACUCCGACGUCAUCUUACUAUUCUCCCCUCUGAGAGCGGAGAUGCGCUCGACAUCCUUACCCAACUGCUGGACCAGGACACUGCAUUGUGGAAGAGGUCACUCUGCAUGGAAGUUUUUAGAGGCAUCUUCGCCGAUCAUGCCUUGCUCCGGCGCAUUUUCAUGCUUUACGAUGCGAAAGAGGGCGAGAAGAACAUUCUCAAGAAUUUGACGGCUGCGUUUGUGCGCGUCAGUACAGAGAAGCCAACUGUGAUUGGUCUCGGGCUCCAAUCCACAUUACCUGUCGCCAACCCAUAUGCAAACGCCGUUGCUUCUACGGACCAGGCCAUGCUGGAGGCCAGUGGCGUUACAGGCAUCAUAUCUGGUUCAGUCAGCUCAGAUGGCCAUAACACGGGCAUCAGCACUCACUGGAGCACCAUGCGCUCUCCUUGCAUAGAUCAGCUUGAUAAGACGGAUCCCCCAAGCAUCCCAGAGUCAUAUGUGUAUAGCCUAACCUUGGCCUGCAUAACUUCCCUGUCAGAAGGUCUGGCAAAGUUCAUACUCCCUCUUACCGUGCCUACCGAGGGACGAAGGAAAAAGAGUGCGAAGCCAGAGGGCGGCCGUGACUCGCCUGCUCUGACCGCCGAUGAGAGACCCAGUACACCCAGUGAAGGGUUGAAGAAUCGGGAGAGAUCAGCGUCAUCCAAGCGAAACCCACUUCCAGUCAAUCCGCUAACGCUGGAGACUCACCCUUUAUACCCAGAAAUCAAAGUAUGCGCCGCUUUCAUCGAUGAAUGCUGGCCGGCGAUUCUUGCCACAUGUUCUACGUUCCUAUAUUCUGCGCUAGACUCGGAGUACUACCAUGGCCUGGUUAGGGCGUUUCAGAAAUUCGCCCAUGUCGCCGGAUUGCUCCAGCUCACUACUCCCCGUGAUGCCUUUCUCACCACGCUUGGUAAAGCGGCAGUGCCGCCCAAUGUCUUUACGGCUUGCCUCAAUUCCAACUCAUCCAGGAGGGAUACUCCACUAUCAGCAACUUCGGAGACAGGCAGCAGCUUGUUUAGCAACGCUCGCGGCUUGCUUACCACAGAAAGCGCCUCGGCCCAGGCCGCAGAAAAGCAAAGGCAGCAGUCGAUGGAUAUAACUCCAGCUACACUCAACACCCGGAACUUGUUGUGUCUUCGCGCUCUUCUGAACCUUGGCAUUGCUCUGGGUCCUACUUUGUCUUCAACUUGGAGAAUUCUCCUGGAGACCUUGCAACAAGCUGACUUUGUCUUGUUUACCUCGGGCAAAGCUGCAGGAAGAACACCUCUGGCGACCAGGGGGCCAGAUCAACAAGCCGAGCAGGAAGCCACCGUACUAUUGUCGAAUUUCAACAGCGAGAUUCGCGCAGUAGAGACUGCUGCUUCCCGACUUUUCGAGAGCACGGCUGACUUUCCCAAUUCCGCCUUUGUGGAAAUUGUGGAGGCAGUGUGCGCUCUUCUCGUCAAGCAUGUCGAGACUACUUCUGAGACCACGGGGCAAGCGCAACCAUCACCUCCCCCGGGGCCCCUUCGCACCCCCACUUUUACACACAAAAGGGUUCUCAGUAUCACAACCUCUCCGGGAGCAGGUGCCAACCAGGAAGAUCAGUUUGCCCUUGCCAAGCUGGGAGAUCUUGCUUCCAUCAAUAUGGAGCGGUUGCUCUCCUAUCCUCCGGAGGUAUCGGGCUGGACGCCGUUGAUUACCGAGCUUAUCGACACACUUAGUUCCUCUACUAAUACUCCUCCGGUCAGAGCGCGCGCUGCUGAAACGCUUGUGCGCAUUCUUCUCGAGGCUGCUGGAUCUAUUGCAACUCAGCAGGAAGACGUUCGUGGCCCGAUUCAGAUCCGUAUUCUCGAGGCUUUUCAUAAUUCGCUAUCAUCUCUUCGAGUCGAAGGUCGGGAGGUGUCCCUUAGCAAUCACGCUACCGACAUGGACAUUCACCGAAUUGUACUCGAAGGCCUCAAAGGCCUGCUCGAGAACUGCGGCGAGAGUCUUGUUCAAGGCUGGGAUACCAUCUUCGCCAUUAUCGAUACAAUCUUCGUCAAAGAAGAUCUCCCAAACGACCCUUCAUCCACCAUGACACCCCGACUUAUGACGCGCUCAGUCAAACUAAUCCGACCUUCCUUUGCUUCUUUACAGCUAAUAUGCUCCGACUUCUUACCCUCGCUACCUAACCUUUGCUUUCUCAACCUUGUUGACACCCUAUACAAGUUUUGUACUCAAGAUGAUGACCUCAAUGUCGCAUUGACUACUGUCACGUUCUUCUGGGCCAUUUCGGACUUCCUUUCUAGCAAUAGCAAGAGCAUGUCUCUUACGCAGGCCAUGGUUAAUGAUUCGGGUGAUGAAGCGCUUCUCAAGCUGGCUGCUGAUCCCUCCCAUCAAGAUUCUGGAGGGGCGCUGUGGAUGCUCCUUCUCCUGAGACUCACUUCAGUCGCCACAGAUCAGAGACUGGAGCUGAGAAAUAGUGCCGUCCAAACUCUGCUUCGGAUCAUAUCCGCUUACGGGGAUAGCCUGAGUCCCGAGGCCUGGUUGAUCUGCAUCAGAUCUGUGAUUCUGAGGCUUCUCGCAUCGAUAGAGGACGAGCUACGGGCAGUUCACACGUCUCCAGCCAAGGCAAGAGACCAAGAUGGCUGGACAGACACGGCCAAUGUCAUCAUCCGGGGCGUUUCUGGACUAUUUGCUUCUUACCUCCAGGUACUUCUGGGUCAUGAGGACUUCGCCACCACCUGGCAGCAGCUUCUCGGACACUUUGCGAGAAUGCUGGACGUCCAGAUACUUGACAUUAAUGCAUCCGUGUACAGCGCUGUUCGCGAAAUUCUCAGGAGCUGUGCUGAGCAUGUUCAGCCAAGACUUGGCAAGGGCAGCUUGGAUUUAACGUGGGAUCUCUGGUCCAGGGGAAUUCCGGUUCCCGAGGACGGAAAGGACGAUAAGUCAGCGGACAACCAAAAGUGCCUUUUGGUUUGGGUUGAAGCACUGCUAGAACUCUAUGGCCUGAUUAAAGAUGAUUUUGGCGUGGGGAGGAUCCGACGGAUGCUUACCCUGCUCAGAGACGCCAUGCAACAUGCCACUCCCGGAGCAUACGCCAGCGACACUGAGUAUGUCACGCCCUUGCAAGGUCGAAUCCUCCAGGUAUUCUGCACAGUCCAGACAGACGUACCAAGAGUUCCAUCCGCCAUGAUCACCCAGAUCGCUGAGUUCGUCUCCCUGGCAUUUGCCCAGGAGAACCCUGACAAGGCGGCGUCAGAAAAGCGCACAUUCGUUGCCAUGUCAAAGGAGAGCAUGUCUAUUUUGCAGUCCCUCGUCAUCAAGCACGCAGCCGAGACUGACAUCUACGAAACCGGAGCGUUCGCCGCGGCGCUCGCAGCCCUGGCCAAGCCCAUCAUCCUCAAGUACAAGUUCAAGAUCGUUACCAAGUCAUCACAGCCGUGGAGAGAAGCGACAAAAACAGUCCUAGCUGUGCUCAAGGCAACGCUUCCCCACAUCCGCGCGAUAGAUAAAGCUCGAUCGACCGUCCAGGAGAUAUGGCAGAUCAUCGUAUCUAUCGCCAACGGGAUCAUCAGCGCUGACUGCUCCAUCGCGCCCAGCGGCACGGACAUCAUGGACGACCAGAAGUUCGACAUCUCCUCAUUUCACAAGCUUAGGGAGCUCAUCAUCCCGGCUCUCGGCGCCGAGGUGAUUCUUGAUAAGACCAGGAAAGCCUACGCCGAAGGUCUCUUUCGGACAUCCAUCAUCCACGCUCCCGCACCCGCCGAAGCUCUGAUCAUCUACGGCUCUGAGGACCAUCACCAUGACAACACUAACGGAAGUGACGCAGUCGUAGACCUCGACCUCCUCUACAAACAACGACGCGGCCGCACCAUCGACCCCCCGCCAACCCACCGCAGCGCAAUGGCAGAAGUCUGUCUCGACGAACUCUUUGCUCUGGUCGCCAUCCACGAGGACGAGGAGGACGAGUCUCCUCCCUCCAAACCCACCUCUACCUCAUCAUCACCCCCCACUCAAGAACCCAUCGGUACCACCUCUUCUUCUUCCCCUUCUUCUUCUUCUUCCCCUGACAAAACAAAAACAAUCCACGAAUCCACCCACCCUCUCCACGUCCACCUCGCCCUAACCGCCGCCCCCUACCUGAUCCUGCGCUGCGCGCUCUCCAUCCGUUCGUACGUCGCCGACCAGCCUUUGCGCGGCCGUAUGCCGCAGCCUUUGUCCCAGCGGAAGGAACUCUAUCGUAUCUUACGGGGACUUGUGGACCUACGGUCGGAGCCGGACGCGAUUCCGGAUACGCCGAAUGUGGAUAGCGAGACCAAGAAGCAUUUGUUGAGGUUGUAUCCGUUGCUGGUGAGCAUGGUGAAGGUGGCGGGGACGAGUGGGGAUGAUAGGGUUUUGGGUAUGGUGGGGGAGGCGUUGGAUGUGGUGGGUGGGGAGUUGGGGUGUAAGUGAUUACAAGUAAGUGAGAAGGGGGGGGGAGGUCGGAAGGGGAGAAAGGGGUGAAUGGGGAAGGCAUGAUACAAAUGGAAAAGGGGGGAACUGUAAGUAAGUGGGAGGUGGGAUAGAGGAUGGCUAGACGCGGAAGACAUGGAUGGGGACAGUCAAUGGGAUGUGGAAGACGGAGUCCAGCCCAUCAGAAAAGUUGGUCGGUAAUGAGUAGGGAUGUUGUAUUUUAGAUGGUUUACGAGCAAGUAGUAGUAGUAGAGCGAGAUCAUUCAAUUAAGUCAUGUGUAG